AACCACCACAGCAACACACCACUCCGCCCCCCAACGUCAUCCUCGAUAGAGCAUCACAACGCCGAUACUUCUGACCAAUUGAUUCUCAUCGGCGAUCACAGACGGCCUGUCCGCACCAAACGGGAAACCACCAUCAUGGGCAAGAAGAAGCGUGGGCAUCCCGAUGUGGAGGAGCUCCUGUCGCGAGCAUGGUGCUACUACUGCGAGCGUGACUUUGAGGAUCUCAAGCUCCUCAUCUCCCACCAGAAGGCCAAGCACUUCAAGUGCGAGACCUGCGGCAGGCGACUCAACACUGCUGGCGGUCUCUCCGUACAUAUGAACCAGGUCCACAAGGAGUCAUUAUCCCAGGUCGAGAAUGCGCUCCCGAACAGGCAGGGUCUCGAUGUCGAGAUCUUCGGCAUGGAGGGCAUCCCCGAGGACAUUGUCCAGCAGCACAACCAGCGCAUCAUCCAAAACUUCUACCAGGCCCAGGCCGACCGCUUUGCUGCCACCGGCAACCCGCCCUCUGGCCAGAACCAGAACCGGCCCCAGAAGAAGAUCAAGAUGGAGACGCCCGACGAGAUCAAGAAGAGGCUGGCCGAGCACCGCGCGAGGCGCGAGGCGCUCAAGGCGGCGAAUGGCGGCGUCGCGCCGCCUCCACCGAUCCCUGGGUCGAGAAGCUCAACCGAGCAGAGCGCGUCGCCUGCUCAAUUUGCUCAAAAUUCACAGUUCCCUCCUCCAGGCGGCCAAUUCCCCGUAUACCCGCCACCUGGUGCGCCGGGAUAUGCCGCGCCACCCGCCGGACAAUAUCCUCCUGCAUAUCCAACAUCGAGUCUGCCGCAACGGCCGGGUGCUGGCUCCAGCCUGCCUCCACGUCCAGGCCAGCAGCCUGGCUGGCAGCAGGGCGGCGGUGGUGGCAACGCCUCGACACUGGACGAGCUCAUGGCUAGUGCGGGUCGGCCGGCGGACCAUGUGGACGACAUGAUCAGGAAUCUCGAGCAAGGAGCUGCUGGGGAUGCAGCGGGCGCAGCGCCAGAGAAGAAGGCGAAGAAGGACAAGGACAAGAACGUCAAGAUGAUCUACGAGGACGAGCUCAGCCCAGAGGAGAGAAUGGCGAUGAUGCCGAGGUACGCGUAUGUGCCGGCGGCAGCCUAGCUGGGGGGUGGUUCCUGUUGAAGAUGGUUACGUAUGGAUAAACGUCUGGGGAGACGCGGCUCGCUCGCAAGGCAGAAGCAGGAGCACGUCUGAGACAUCAAUUCGAGAUACUUGGAGCGGGAUGCAUUGAUACAAUAGAGCCAUGUGUGCAUUUUCGUUGCACCAUCUCAGUCCGCAACAUGUACAGUUCUCCCUGAGCCCCAGCCUGCAGGUGGUCAAUGACAUCCAGGACAACGAGGUCGACUGCCGCUCGGCGCGAAUCCUCGCAGAUGACGCCAUAUGUAAGCAGUAAUGCCACAGCAGCCAGGCUCUCCUGGAGUCGCGGCGAGCCGCGGAAGAUCAGGCAGAUAAGGUGUGCCUUGGGGAGCCCCGACUCCGAACUCCGC